CGGAUGUACCCCAUGAUCGAGGAAUGCGCCCAGAGACUCCUCGAAAACCUCCACUCAUCCCUCGACAAGUCUCCCGUCGACCAAUCUCUUCUACCCCAGGAGUGAUCGAUCUCGAGUCCCACUUCGGCGCCUUCACCUUAGACGUCAUCGCGACAUGUGCCUUCGGCACCAGAUUGAACUCCUUGGGUACACCCGAUGACCCCAAUGACCCUUUCAUUAAGCACGCCCAAAAGUUCUUCAUGAACUCGAAGACAUCCUCAAUCGUAGGAAUGUUGCCAUUCGUGUUUCCUAGCCUUACGGCCUUAGGCCUGACUUUCUUCUCACGCGAGAGUCUCAACUUCAUUACCGACGUCGUCCAGCGCCUGCUGAAGGAGAGAAAAGAUUCCGGAAAAGUGGCUGCGCGAGGGGACUUCAUCGACCACCUCCUCGAAGUCCAAGAGAUCGACUCCAAGGCACCAUCGACGACGAGACCAUCACUGCACAGGCCAUCCUCUUCUUCCUCGCCGGAUACGACACUUCCCUUCUCACCAUGUCCACCUAUUGCCUUGCCACAUAACCCGCAGUGCAGACGAAACUCCGAGACGAAAGGCCGGUCCCUUGACUCGAGAGUCAAUCCUCUAUUGUUCUUAACUGGAUCAUGUCAUCAACGAGACCCUAAGGAUCCACCGGCCUUUAGAGCAAAACGGUUCUGCGGGAGAGAUUUCGUCAUCAACAGUUAUAAGCUGGAAAAAGGCAAUGUCUUGAUUGUCCCGAUCUAUGCCAUUCACCACCUAGAGGAAUUCUUCCCGGACCCGUACCAAUUUAUUCCAGAGCGGUUUGCGGAUGGCCAGGUUUUGCCUCCCUUACGGAAAUGUCCUAUAGGAAACCUA